AUGCAUCUCUCUAGCAUCCUCGCCAGCUUGGCUCUUGCCAGCUCUGCUGUUGCCGGCCCUGUUCGUCCUGGCCCCAGUGACAGCCUUUACAAGGCCAUGGAGAAGGCCGGAAGGGAGUUCAUUGGCACUGCCCUGACCCUCAGGAAUUCCAGCCGGGAAGACGAGAUCAUGAAGGCCGACUUCAACUCCUUCACGCCUGAGAACAGCAUGAAGUGGGAGUCCGUCGAGCCAUCUCGCAACAACUUCACCUUUGCGGAUGCCGACCGCUAUGCCGCAUACGCGAGGAAGAACAACCUCGAGGUCCACUGCCACACCCUUGUCUGGCACUCCCAGCUCCCCGUCUGGGUCUCCGGCGGCGGUUUUGACAACAAGACCCUGAUUGACAUCAUGGAGAACCACAUCAAGACCGUCAUGACGCGCUACAAGAGCGUCUGCACCCGCUGGGACGUCGUCAACGAGGCCCUCAACGAAGACGGCACCUACCGCGAGUCCGUGUGGUACAACACCAUCGGCGAGGCCUUCCUACCCAUUGCCUUCCGCUUCGCCAACAAGUACCGCGGCAAGGCCCAGCUCUACUACAACGAUUACAACCUCGAGUACAACGGCAACAAGACCCAGGGUGCUGCCCGCAUCGUCAAGCUCAUCAAGUCCUACGGCAUCCGCAUCGACGGCGUCGGCUACCAGGCCCAUCUCGCCAGCGAGCCCACCCCCACCGCCCCCGGCGCUGCCCCUGACCAAGCCACUCUCGAAGCUGCCCUCCGCGCCACCGCCAACCUCGGCGUCAAGGUCGUCUACACCGAGAUCGAUCUCCGCAUGAACACCCCUGCCACCCCCGAGAAGCUUCAGGUCCAAGCCGAUGCUUUCGAGCGCGUUGCAAAGUCCUGCCUUGCUGUUAAGCAGUGUGUUGGUAUGACUGUCUGGGGUAUUUCCGAUCAGUACUCUUGGAUCCCUGGUGUUUUUGCUGGUGAGGGUGCUGCCCUCCUCUGGGAUGAGUCUUACAACAAGAAGCCUGCCUAUGCUGGUUUCUUGAAGGGUAUCAAGGCCAAGAAGCACUAG